AUGAUUACAUUUAAUGAAUUACACAAAUAUGGUGUGACAAGUGCACAAUUACUCAACUGGUCAGCACCGAUUAAUAUUGCCGAACAAUAUGAAAUGGAUGAUGUAAAUUCAAUGAAUGUUUUUUACAAUUGUUCAUUACCUUGGUUUGGUCCAAAAUGUCAAUAUAAAUUUAAUUAUGAAUUAUCACUACCGUUUGAUGAUAUUGUUCGACUAAACUUUUUUACUCGUGAUAAAAGUCCUAAAGUUUUUCAACAUUCGUAUAUGGGUACAUGUUAUCCUUUUCUAACUAAUUGUUAUCAUGAUUCACUAUUGAUGUGCCUUGAUUGGCGUGAAAUUUGUGAUGGAAAAUUUGAUUGUGAUAAUGGAGAAGAUGAGCAAUAUUGUCAAACAUUAGAAAUAAGUGAAUGUCCUCAUGAUACAUAUCGAUGUCAUUAUGGUGCACAAUGUAUUCCAUUAGAAUUUAUAAUGGAUGGACCUGCUAGUGCAGAUUGUCUUGAUGGUACUGAUGAAAUGGAAUUAUAUGAAGAAAAACUUUAUUAUUCUGAAAGUACUUGUUUUAAGUUGCCGACGUUUCGAUGUGAAGAGCGCACUAGUCGAUAUCUUCGUUCUGUUCCAUGUGGUGAUGGUUAG